AUGGUAAAUAAUAAAGACCCAGAGCUUUAUUAUAUAAAGCAAGAACGCAUAGGCAAGGGCUCGUUUGGUGAAGUAUAUAAAGGCAUUGACAAGAGAACGAAUAAACCAGUUGCUAUAAAAGUCAUUGAUCUUGAAAGUGCAGAGGAUGAAAUAGAUGACAUUCAACAAGAGAUAGCCAUCUUGUCCCAGUUGGAUUCACCCUAUGUCACAAAGUACUAUGGUUCAUACUUGAAAGGUACAGGGUUAUGGAUUAUCAUGGAAUACUGUGCGGGAGGAUCAUGCAGUGACCUGAUGAAAAUGGGAACAAUACGUGAAGAAUACAUUGCUAUCAUCUUGAAGGAAUUGUUGAAGGGGUUAGAUUAUCUUCAUAACGAAGGAAAGCUGCAUAGAGAUAUUAAAGCUGCAAAUAUCUUGCUAAGCGCAAACGGUGAAGUAAAAUUAGCUGACUUUGGUGUAUCGGGGCAGAUAACAGCAACAUUGACCAAAAAGAACACAUUUGUUGGAACUCCUUUUUGGAUGGCACCUGAAGUCAUAAAGCAAUCAGGCUACGAUUUCAAGGCUGAUAUUUGGUCUCUUGGUAUCACAGCUAUAGAACUUGCCAACGGCGAACCACCUUAUGCAAAAAUGCAUCCGAUGAAAGUACUCUUCCAUAUACCCAAAAAUGAUCCCCCUCAACUUGGCCCUCCACAUAGCAAAGCUUUCCGAGAUUUUGUCAGCUUAUGCUUACAAACUAGUCCAGCUAACAGACCUACAGCCAAAGAGCUCUUGAAGCACAAAUUUAUAAAGAGUAGCAAGAAGAUAGCCUACCUUACAGAACUAAUCGAAGGACAUGAACGCUGGCUAAGCAUAAACGGCCGUGAUAACGAAUCUUCAGAUGAAGAAACUCAGUAA